CAAAUCUCUCCACUGCUGGAUAAAAAAAAUGGUUGGAGCGAGCGCGGUACCGUAAGAUCUGUGCCAAGUGCACGACGGUCAGUGCAGAAUCUGCCUUCACCGCGAGUGCGUGUGUGCCUGGGCGCUCACACUCGCUGCUUCCCGUUCCGUUGUUGUUCUUGUUGUUCUUGUUGUUGUUACAUCAGUGGCAGUUCAUCUUUGCUUCCGGAUCUUCCUCCCGGGUGUGGGGCGGGGUGUGUGUGUGUUUUUAAGUAGAGCAUAUUCUAAAUGUUCCAUCACUGCCUAUAGUUUUUGAUGAAUGUGAUGCAUAAGUGAAAAACAGCAAAAUACACCCAGAUUAGUAAUUCAAGAUGGCAGCCAUCAUUGUGACAUGUUGAGGGGUUGCAAAAAUCUCACAUCCCCGUAACCGAUCGAUAAUGGUCCAGCAGUGAGGCUGAGCAAACGCCAACAUAACGAGAUGAAAGCGACGAAAUCUUACUAAAGCAUAAAACAUAUUUGCAAAGAUGUAAGGCAAAGCAGCGUUUUAUGAUGCAUCGAUGCUGUGUGUGUGUGGUGAAUGGUGGUGGUGGGUGGAUUUGCCAGCUGUGGAAGCUGUAACACAUCACGGUGCGGUCGCCAUCUUGGACUGGUGAUUUAAUUUGGAAAAAUCAACCCCUGGUCGUGGAAAAAGAGAAAAAAUCAUAGAGCGAGAGAGAGAGAGAGAAAGAGAGAGAGCCAGCGAAAGUGUGUGCGAAUGUGUGCUUGUGCACUAAAGAGAAAGAGAGUGAGAGGGAGAGAUCGUGAUCAAGGUUAAGCGAAUAUUCUAUCACAGCAACCACGACGACAACCACGGCAACAACGACGACGGCGUCGACGAACGCGGCCGCAGCGACGGCGGUAUCGGGCCUCAGCGCGUCCGCGUCGAAGAAGAAAAAGAAAACCAGCAACAUGUUGGGCCGGAAGCAGAGCAUCAAGGGCGAACCGGUCCUGGCCGACUACGGCCCGGAAGAGUCGCUCAACGAAAGUGCGGACAUCGAAUGGGUCAACAAGCUGUGGGUCCGCCGGCUGAUGCGACUGUGUGCCUUGAUAUCGCUGACGUCCGUGUCGCUAAACACACCGAAAACCUUCGAGCGGCACCCGUUCCUGCAGUACUGCACGUUCUGCUGCGACUCGGUUGCUACGCUGCUCUUCACCUCCGAAAUGAUAGCCAAGAUACAUAUCCGCGGAGCAUUGCGGGGCGAAGCACCAUACUUUAAGGACCACUGGUGCCAGUUCGAUGCUUCCAUGGUGCUGUUUCUGUGGCUCUCCGUCAGCCUGCAGGUGUUCGAGAUGCUCGGCAUCGUGCCCAAGUUCUCGUACCUGAGCACGGUGCGGGCACCGCGGCCCCUCAUCAUGAUACGCUUCCUGCGCGUCUUCCUCAAGUUCUCGAUGCCCAAGAGCCGCAUCAAUCAAAUCUUCAAGCGCUCCAGCCAGCAGAUCUACAACGUAACGCUGUUCUUCCUGUUCUUCAUGUCGCUGUACGGGCUGCUGGGGGUGCAAUUUUUUGGCGAGCUCAAGAACCACUGCGUGCUGAACACGACCGAGCCGGAAAGCUUGACGAUCAACUCGCUCGCCAUCCCGGACACGUUCUGCUCGCUCGACCCGAACUCCGGCUACCAGUGCCCCACCGGCAUGAAGUGCAUGAAGAUGGACUUCCUGAGCAACUACGCGAUGGGGUUUACCGGGUUCGAGGACAUUGCGACCAGCAUCUUCACCGUGUACCAGGCGGCCUCGCAGGAGGGCUGGGUGUUCAUCAUGUACCGGGCGAUCGACUCGCUGCCCGCCUGGCGCGCCGCCUUCUACUUCAGCACGAUGAUCUUCUUCCUGGCGUGGCUGGUGAAGAACGUCUUCAUCGCCGUCAUCACGGAAACGUUCAACGAGAUACGCGUCCAGUUCCAGCAGAUGUGGGGCGUGCGGGGCCACAUCCAGAACAGUACCGCGUCGCAGAUCAUCACCGGCGACGAUAGCGGCUGGAAGCUGGUCACGAUCGACGACAACAAGCACGGCGGCAUUGCGCCGGAAACGUGCCACACGAUCCUGCGCUCGCCGUACUUCCGCAUGCUCGUCAUGACGGUCGUGCUGGCGAACGGAAUCGUCACGGCAACGAUGCACUUCAAGCACGACGGUCGCCAGCGGCAGGUGUUUUACGAGAAGUACUACUACAUCGAGAUUACGUUCACGUUCUUUCUCGAUCUCGAAACACUGUUCAAGAUUUACUGUCUUGGGUGGCGCAGCUACUUCAAGCACUCGAUACACAAGUUCGAGCUGCUGCUAGCGAUCGGCACAACGCUCCACAUCAUCCCGGCGCUGUACCUGAGCGGAUUCACCUACUUCCAGGUGUUGCGCGUGGUGCGCCUCAUCAAGGCGUCGCCCAUGCUGGAAGGCUUCGUGUACAAGAUCUUCGGACCGGGCAAGAAGCUCGGUUCGCUCAUCAUCUUCACCAUGUGCUUGCUGAUCAUUAGCUCCAGCAUUUCGAUGCAGCUGUUUUGCUUCCUGUGCGAUUACACCAAGUUCGAGAGCUUCCCGGACGCGUUCAUGUCCAUGUUUCAGAUCCUGACGCAGGAGGCGUGGGUCGAGGUCAUGGACGAAACGAUGAUAAGAACGAGCAAAACGCUCACGCCGCUCGUUGCGGUCUACUUCAUCCUGUACCAUCUGUUCGUGACGCUGAUUGUGUUGAGCUUGUUCGUGGCGGUCAUCCUCGACAAUCUCGAGCUGGACGAGGACAUCAAAAAGCUGAAGCAGCUCAAGUUCCGCGAGCAGAGCGCCGAGAUCAAGGAGACGUUACCGUUUCGGUUGCGCAUUUUCGAAAAGUUCCCCGACUCGCCGCAGAUGGCGAUACUGCACAAAAUCCCGAACGAUUUCACCCUGCCGAAGGUGCGCGAAUCGUUCAUGAAGCAGUUCGUGCUGGAGAUGGAACCGGAGGACCUGGAGGGCUACCAGCGCCCGAUGCCGGAGUGUUGGGAUUCGCGCAUCGCCUACAAGAAGCACCGCCCGAUCAACGUGAUGAACAAAACGGCCAAAGUCUGCAUGGUGGGCAGCGAUCUGCGCAAGCUCGCGAUCACGCACAUCAUCAACGACUCGAACAACCAGCGGCUAAUGCUGGGCGACUCGUCGAUGCUGCCGGUGGCCGGCACCAAGGCGGGCCUGAAGCCGCAGGGCACGAUCACGCAGACCAAGCCGUGGCGGGUGGAUCAGAAAAAGUUUGGCUCCCGGUCGAUUCGGCGCUCGGUGCGGAGCGGUUCGAUCAAGCUGAAGCAAACGUACGAGCAUCUGAUGGAGAAUGGGGACAUUGGGGCGGCGAGCCGGGUCACCUCCUCCCGGGCCAGACCGCACGAUCUCGACAUCAAGAUUCUGCAGGCGAAGCGGCAGCAGGCGGAGAUGCGCCGCAAUCAGCGCGAGGAGGAUCUGCGCGAAAAUCAUCCCUUCUUCGAUACGCCCCUGUUUGCGGUGCCCCGGGAAAGCCGGUUCCGCAAGAUCUGCCAGCGGAUCGUGCACGGCCGAUACGAUGCGCGGUUGAAGGAUCCACUCACCGGGAAGGAGCGCAAGGUGCAGUACAAAAGUCUUCAUAACUUCCUCGGACUGGUAACGUACCUCGACUGGGUAAUGAUCUUCGUCACGACGCUGUCCUGCAUCUCGAUGAUGUUCGAAACGCCGCAGUACCGCGUGAUGGAGCACGUUGCCCUGCAGGUGGCCGAGUACACGUUCGUCAUCUUUAUGAGCCUCGAGCUGGCGCUGAAAAUACUGGCCGACGGGCUGUUCUUCACGCCGAAAGCGUACAUCAAGGACGUGGCGUCCGUGCUGGACGUGUUCAUCUACGUCGUGUCUACCAGCUUCCUCAUCUGGAUGCCGCGCCAGGUGCCGAGCAACUCGUCCGCCCAGCUGCUUAUGAUACUGCGCUGCCUGCGCCCGCUGCGCAUCUUCACGCUCGUGCCGCAUAUGCGCAAGGUGGUGUACGAGCUGUGCCGCGGCUUCAAGGAGAUACUGCUCGUCUCGACCCUGCUCAUACUGCUGAUGUUCAUCUUCGCCAGCUACGGCGUGCAGCUGUACGGGGGCCGGCUGGCCCGCUGCAACGAUCCCACCAUCGAGAAGCGGGAGGACUGUGUCGGCGUGUUUAUGCGGCGCGUGUUCGUCACCAAGAUGAAGCUGACGCCGGGCGUGAACGAGUCCUACCCGUCGAUGCUGGUGCCGCGGGUGUGGGCCAACCCGCGCCGCUUCAACUUCGACAACAUCGGCGACGCCAUGCUGGCCCUGUUCGAGGUGCUCUCGUACAAGGGGUGGAUCGAUGUGCGCGACGUGCUGAUCAAAGCGCUCGGCCCGGUGCACGCAAUCUACAUCCACGUGUACAUCUUCCUGGGAUGUAUGAUCGGUCUGACGCUGUUCGUUGGCGUGGUCAUUGCCAACUACUCCGAGAACAAGGGUACCGCACUGCUGACCGUCGAUCAGCGCCGUUGGUGCGAUUUGAAGAAGCGGCUAAAGAUUGCCCAGCCGCUCCAUUUGCCGCCCCGGCCGGAUGGCCGUAAGUUCCGCGCCUUCGUCUACGACAUUACGCAGCACAUUGCGUUCAAGCGAUGCAUCGCCGUGGUGGUGCUGGUGAACAGUAUGCUGCUUUCGAUUACGUGGACGAAAGACGAAGUACACACCGAGCGGCUGGUGAUCGUAAGCACCAUCCUCACGUUCGUGUUCGUGAUCGAGGUCGUCAUGAAGAAUAUCGCCUUUACGCCGCGCGGCUACUGGCAGUCGCGCCGCAAUCGGUACGAUCUGCUCGUCACCGUCGCCGGCGUUGUCUGGAUCUUUCUGCAAACCACACUGCGAAGCGAUUUAUCAUAUUUCAUUGGUUUUAUGGUUGUCAUAUUGCGAUUUUUCACAAUAACUGGCAAGCAUACGACCUUGAAAAUGUUAAUGCUUACCGUCGGUGUGUCGGUGUGCAAAUCGUUCUUCAUCAUCUUCGGCAUGUUUCUGCUGGUGUUCUUCUACGCCCUCGCCGGUACGAUACUGUUCGGCACGGUCAAGUACGGCGAAGGCAUCGGCCGGCGGGCAAACUUUGGUUCGCCGGUGACCGGGGUGGCGAUGUUGUUCCGCAUCGUAACCGGCGAAGACUGGAACAAGAUCAUGCACGACUGCAUGGUGCAGCCACCGUACUGUACGCCGGCCGCCAACUACUGGGAGACGGACUGUGGCAACUUCACGGCCAGCCUGAUCUACUUCUGCACCUUCUAUGUCAUCAUCACGUACAUCGUGCUGAACCUGCUUGUCGCUAUUAUCAUGGAGAACUUUUCGCUCUUCUACUCGAACGAGGAGGAUGCGCUGCUGUCCUACGCCGAUAUACGAAACUUCCAAAACACCUGGAACAUCGUGGACAUACACCAGCGGGGUGUGAUUCCGGUGCGGCGCGUCAAGUUUAUUCUGCGCCUGCUAAAGGGCAGGCUCGAGUGCGAUCCGCAGAAGGAUCGGCUGCUGUUCAAGUACAUGUGCUACGAGCUGGACAAGCUGCACAACGGCGAGGACGUCACGUUCCAUGACGUGAUCAACAUGCUUUCGUAUCGGUCGGUCGACAUACGGAAAGCGCUCCAGCUGGAGGAACUGUUGGCACGCGAGGAGUUUGAGUACAUAAUUGAGGAGGAGGUGGCCAAGCAGACGAUUCGCACCUGGCUGGAGGGUUGCUUGAAAAAGAUUCGCGCAAACAACGUUGCGAAGCAACAAAACUCGCUCAUUGCUGGGCUGCGUGCAACGAACGAUCAAAAGCAGCAACAACAGCAGCAACAACAGCAGCAACAGCAACAACAACAGCAACAGCAGCAGCAACAACAGCAACAGACCGGUACCACGACAAGCAGCCAACAACUGGCACAGCAACAGCCGACCCCUGCCCAACCGGCGCAGCAACAGCAGGCCACGCAAACGCAAUCCCACCCCUCCCAAGCGCAAUCGCCGUUGCAGUCGUCAACCACCACCUCCCAGGCGCCGUCGUCCGCCGUGACCAGCCCGGGCCAGCUGUCGAAGCAGGCGGACGAAUCGCCCACCGGCAAGGAUGCGGUGGCCGGACCGGACCCAUCCGACACGAUCACCGACCAGACGGCGAAGGACAUUGAGAACAAUGCGAAGAAUCGCAAGAAAACGGCCGCCACCGUACUGAACCGGUCCGACUCGACCGGCUCGAGCAGCGGGCGCAAGUUUCUCGCCCCCACCCUGUCCGAUCCGCAGGCAAAGAACGAGAAGGACCGUUACCUGAGCAAGAAGAAGCAACAGCGCGCCCCACCAUCGAUCAGCGUCGGCGUGAAGGCGUCCCAUUUGAGCGAAAUCGGUGGGCACAGUUUGCAUCUGCACUACCAUCACAGCAGCUUCAGCCAUGGGGGUGAACAUUCGCCCCAUGCGCCACACCACCAUCAUCUGCACCAUCAUCAGCAGCAGCAGCAGCAGCAGCAGCAGCAACAGCAGCAGCAGCAGGCAAAUAUGAGCAAAUUUGGCCACUCGCAGGCAAACAUGAUCUACGAGGUGCACGACUGGUGGCAGGAGCAGGUCCUUAGCACGCACAGCGAGGAAGAGGACAAUUGAGACGAAUAGGAAAAGAGUCAGUAUUAACGCAUGUUUUCCAGCAACCACCGGACCUGGCCGACCACUGACUGGUUGGGGGUAUUGUUUUGUUCCCUCCUCUCUAGGUCAAAGUAUAACGAGGGUAUUAGAGUGUACGAAGGAUUGGUUUUAUAAAUGCAAUUGAUUGCACUUUUUUUCCUUUUAAUUCGAUAUUGGAUGUAUUGUUAUCGUUAACAGGCUGAUAAAGCUAGGGAGCUAGUAGAGCGAUAGUCGUUAGAGAGUGUUGUUAAGCGAAUGCGUAUUUGUUGGGCCAGUACGUACAACGAGACUGCUUGUUAGGCAAUCGUGCGAGAUUAUGCAAGCGAACGAUACAGCCAAAGAAAUGUACUGCCAACAAGCGGUGUGCCGCGGCAGCCAUGUUAAGUCAGAGUAUUAAAGCCAAAAGUUAGUCAAGACGACCGAGGCUGAAUAGCUAAUGCUUGUUUUCCGUUCGACACGUAGCUUAGAGUAUGGUUAGGACCUAAAGUUAACAGAUAGAAUGAGCAGUACUUACGUACGCACGUGUGUAUGUUUUACCUCCGUAGUCAGCCAGUGUCUGCGUAGCAAACGAAUGCCAAACUGCUAGUUUCACACACUAAGUGAUAAUAAAUCUACUCCUAGUGGAAGUAAAAAUGAGACGAAAUUUUAGCACGAAAGCAA